AUGGCAGCACCUCUCUCGGAAAUCACUCAAUACCUUUGGCGACCCCCACGAAAAGAACCCGGGUCCAAGAGCCGCGCACUUAAUAGGUCCGAUCCUGAGAAUUACAAGUAUUACAGAAACUGGGGUUUCAAUAUCUACCGUACGUACUACGGUGAGGGUUCAGACAAGCAUUGGCACACUCUUCUCGACGCACUAAGGCGGCAAACACAUCUCGCCGUUGGGUUCUACGACGACAGAGAAGUGAUGGAGAAUGACAAGUACUGGAAGCAAGGCCCUUACCGUAACGAGGCUCGUUAUAUGAGCCACGUGAAGCUUUUCAAAGAACUAUUCCGCCUUUUUCCUCGAGAAGAUCCAGUAUUACUCGACGGCCUUGGUGUCGACGGCAUACGAGAGGUUUGCUUGAAAGAGCACCCUGACGCUAAGGAGAACAUGGAAGGAGCGCGGUUCUGUUUCGCGCUUGUUGCCGAUGAGGCGGUACUGAAAGGGAUCUCGCAAGACAAAUACUUUGUCAAAGCUGUUGGUUAUGACUGGACAGAGAGCGAUGGCGGCUGGGGCUGGGACAGGCUACAAACAUGCCAAUUACUUGAUCUUUGGGAAAUGCUUUUUGUUACAGAUUCCGAAGGCAGGAGCAAAUACUAUGAUAUGAACCACAAUGGCCCGGAAGAGGAGCUUGAAAAGCAUGUUUGGCUAGGGGAUUUCGCCCUACCCUUCUUCGGCGACUGCUCUCAAGUUGAGUAUCUAAAGCCUAGAGGCACUCGUUCCAGUAUCGGCUCCUAG